AUGUCAGGCGCCAACGACACCGGCAGAAAGCACAGAAACCGACAUACCUCGUACGACUCGUGUUCCACCACUUCCUUCACAUCAUCAACUACCUUGAGCUCCUCAGGCUCAAGCUCAAUAAAUGCAUCGUUGCCCCCGCAUCCAUGGAUUCACUGCUCCACUUCCCCGCUAGCAAUCAGCACGCGCGACCUCUUCCACACCGUGGUGCAAGAAGCCGUCGCUGCCACAACUUUGCACAUGAAUACUUUGGAGACAGCGCUAGGGAUGCUGGAGACGAUGCAGGGGCUCAGUGCGACAGUUGAUGUCUUGAGGAAAGAUAUGCAAAAGAAGAAAAAGCCGUGUGAGGUAGUGCGGAAGGAGUUGUUCCAGUUUGGUGAGGUGAUUCGGGCGUUGGGGCUCGUAGAAUGA